UGUUUAACUGCGUUACACUCAUCAAUWAAUAACACCCCACAAAGUUGAACUCAUUCAAAACGAUCUUUUGACCGAUGAAUCUUCUUAUAACGAAGCUAAAUACAAAGUAAAUGGCAUCUACACCAGGAAAAAAAGAWUAAACAAAGAUGAGACCUUUUUUGAAGACUCAAGAGCGUGAAACAUAAACAUUGAUGCCASUAAGAUGGGAAUCCGCAGUAUUUGGCAAAACACAAGAAUUGUUCCAAGAGGCUUUGAUAGUAUUUCGAUGCUUUUAGUCCUCGCUACGGUAAUAACAGCUGCAUCUGCAUCGACUGGAAGACUAAAAGGUUGUAACAGGAAAUGUCAGAAAGAAUGCUUAGACGUACUCAAUAAAUACCGAAAAAAUCACGACGCGCCGAAGUUGCAAUUCUCUASAGAGUUGGCUUCCAAAGCUCAGAAAUGGGCWGAUGGCGGGAAAUUUGGCUAUGACAUGAAUGCCCAGGGAAAAUAUGGUCAGCUUAUYGAAUGGGACGUUAAACAUAAACUACCAUCAUUCACUGCGGCGAUCAAAUACUGGCAUGAUAAAGAAAAAGACUAUGAUUUCGUAAGACAAAAAUCGAAAAAUGGGCGAAAUUUGCACGACUUUACACAAGUGGUAUGGAAAAAAGCUCACAAGGCUGGCUGUGGAAGAGGUACAUUGUUUGGAUCGCGAUACUACGUUGUUUGGAUGGAUGCCGAUGUGGUUCGCAGCUUUAAYCUCAAAAGAAGAGGAARUGAAAACGUAGGAGCACCAAGGGAGAGAGAUCUYCAUUGGUUUGAAAUCACGGCAAUGUCGGCCGUUGGAAAACCACUUUACCGAAACGCAACCAACACAACGCGCUCUCCAAAAUCGUUCGUUUUUCCGCAACAAGAAGAAGAAAGGGAGGACGACAACGACGAGGAGGAAAACGAGGAACUAAUACUCAAUGAUUCGAACAACAUCAAAGGUUACAUMAACUCUGAUUCACUGACUAAGCUCUACGACGAGGAGAACAAAGAGAUGUUUCAUUUACAAGAUCAAUUGGAUGGUUUUGGUUCUCCAUUAGAAAAWCUUCUAGAUAACCAACAAACAUCAGAUGAAGGUGAGCUUCCAGAGCAUAAUAAUACUGAAAACACAAUAGAAAAGGUACAAGAAGGWCAUGAACCAAACAAUAACAUGGACGUGAAGGGAUAUUUAAAAUCAAAUGACACUAAAAUAAAUAGCACAAAAUCAAGAGAUGGUCAAGGCAUGGUUAAAUGGAAGCAAAGUCUGUUGGAAAAUGCGCUAGAUUCUAUGAGCAAUAGCAGUGAGCAGUCAACUACACCAGCAUCUCAGCUUUCACAAAACAGCACAACAAUAGGUCACUCUUUGGAGAYCAUUACUCCGGAGUCAGCAUUUUCGAAUUUUGGAACAUCCMGUGAAAGGCAGAAAUCACAAACACAGAUAAAAGCACCGAAACCUAUGGAUAAUGGAAGGGAGAUGAAUGGAUCUUCUUUGGUGCUUUCAAAAAAACUUAACGCUUCUGAUUCACAAGGCUUUAAAAAAACUGACCACUCWCUUGAACGCAUAAAUAAAGAAACUGAAUUUUCAAGUUUUGGACCAUCGAGUAAAAAGCAAACCCCUAUGGAAACAGCACCGAGUUCUAAAUCAUUUAAGUCCGGAACUACACACUCUGCGCCUUUUCCGACUUUACUCAAGGAGCUGCAUGCUUCUCAAGAUAMAAAGACACGAAAACCUUUUUUCGUAAAAUCUGCUAAAAUACGCCACAAAAGCAAACCCUCAAAAGAAAARCCAAAUCCAUCACCUCAGGUUGAAACUUCUUCUAUAAAACAUCUACAGGAGAUGUCUGGCCUAAUUCURGGAAGGGUUUCYGACAAUCAACAAAAUUCCGAACUCGAUAUCUUCAAUAAAAGUAUUUCAAAAGAUUUUAAUAGUAACAUUGUAAGUGAUGACAACUUGAGACCAGACAUGCAGGUUGAGCUGUCAAAAGUUGCUCAGUUAAUAGAUACAAAAAUUAAAAAUUUGACAAAAUCCAAAGAACCAUUAUCUAGAAGUCCAAACGACAGCAAGAAUAAUACAAAAGAUAAAUACAACGUAGCCAUUAGGUUAGAAGAGAAGAAUAACGAUGACCCAAAUGCCCGCCCUGCUAAAGUAUGGAUGCCCCUUGGUGCCCCUUCUAACUCYACAACUAAUAUGACCAAAAACGAACAUAAUGAUGUCCAGGAAAUUAAAAAUAAGGUUUCAGAGCUUUGGAAAAUACACCUGAAAAAUACAGAAAAGGAGAAAAAACAAAAGAAACAUCCACCUCAACCAGCUGAAAGCGACAUUUACCAGGACAGUGGUGAUGACGAGGAGGAGGAGAGUGCUGACAACAAGGAAGAUGAUGGAGACAAUGAUAUGGUAACAGUGGACGACUUCAACCACCUCCAUGGAUGGCAGUAUGACGGCUUUGGACAACCAAUUCCAUCGAAUACAGAMAAUAACGGUCCAUUGCCAUUUCAAAACACUAGACCAGGAAUGGGAGGGGGYUGGUACGGUAUGCAAGAAGUUCCAUAUGAUAACAAUAACGACUUUUCUCAAGCUGCGAAUAUGCAACCAGGAUCUUAUGAAUUCCGCAAAAAAUACACUGGUGGAGAACCCGAGCAAGGCAGAGUACAAAAAGCACGAAAGAUAUUUGAAAAGAAGAACUCGAAAUCAUUUUCGCAAGGACAGGAUGCCACAGAGCACUCGAAACUUGARCAACUUGCUCUUGAAUCAUAUAAAACACCGGGAAGACCUUUAGCCUAUAGAAACAACAAGCAUGGUGGUAUGUUCAUUCCUAAAGAUUAUUAUAAAUUACUAGACCUACCAAAAGAGAUUAAACUCCGUAAGGCUAAAAGUACUGAGAAGGUUUCAGCUCAAUAUUUGCCUGAAAUAAUGGACGAUGAAGAGGCUUUUCAAAACAAACACGCAGAUGAGAACAACGACAACCAACCUGGCUUCUUCAAUGAAGAUUUUUCCCAUGACCACCUWACCGGCAGUUAUGAGGAUGAYCAAAAUACCGUACCCUCCAGCUCUUWUAAACAGCAAACUCCUUCCCACACAAAGCCUGUUAGUUUACUAACAUCUUCCMCCAAUAGCMACAAGCAAGCUGAUUCAUCUAAAGAAACCAUAUUGCAAAACAAAAUGGAUGAACAGUUUUUAUCAAGGCCAGUCAAAAAAGUCCCUGGCCAACGUCCUGAAAGACAGCCAAUAUUUCAAGAUCCGCAUAAUAUGGCUAAUGGUGUCGGACAUCAAAUCCAUGAAGGGUCAAAAGCACAGAGUCAACGCCCUUUGAGUAACAAGGACGCGGAAAUUGGMAUGAUGAAGAUAUCAUCUUUUGAAAAACAUCAGCAACAGAAGUUGUCUCGUAGCGUUUCAAUGGGUGAUGGAAGUUUAGUCAAAAWUCCCUAUCAAAGGCCCGGCGUAGUUAUCACUAAAGGACCUUUUGGUUACCAAACAGGCACCACAAUGGCUAUGGAUGGUCGAAMAGAUGACUAUUCUCACUUCCUGAAGGAAGGUCCAGGAGGUAAUGACCAUGUCCAGGCAGUGCAACAAAAUGUACAGCAUCCAAGUAACCAAGAACAAGAUAAAGAUGAGAGCAAACAACAUGAACAGGGAAGAAAGAUGCCAUUUUCUUUAAAUAGACCUUCUCUGAUCACUUUGUUAAAGGAAAACGACUCACAAGAUCGAGCAGAUGAGGCCAAGCAGCGAAGAAAAGGAAAUGAAUUGGUCAACAACCAACAUGAAGGAAAAAGUGCCAAAGGAGAAGAGAAAAUAUUUGAGAAGGAAAAGAGCGAAAGCGAUGAUAAUCUUUCGAAAAACAAACUACAAAACACUAGUGAGUCACUUACAGUAGAACAAAGUCCUUCAAAUGUGARUGCCAUGAGUAGUUCAGACACUUCAAGUGGUCUUCAGGGUGACAGGAAACCAAAGCCAUUKGUACCCUUUUCUAAGUUAUUAUCAAGAAUAAACCUCGCAUUGGGAAUCGACUCACCAGAUUCUAAAAUGAAAGUAGACAGACAAAAUUCAACCUCCAAGACACCUCAGCCACCGAGAGACGACGAAUUCAGGAAUCCCAACUUGAUAGUUGAUGAACCAGAGUUAAUAAACGAUAUCCAAACACUUUUUAAAAACCACCAAUCUCAAGAUGACGGUUUUAGAAGACCUCAUGUCCCGGUGGACGAGCCUGAGUCUAAAACAUCUCCGAAAAACCCAAAGCACGGACAAUUUUGGUUAAAUGAAGGAAGCCCUAAAGAAAAGCUAUUGCAUACAAAUGUAUCGAUAAUGAAAACACAGACCCGUCUUCAGAAACCCCUUACUACGAAACCGCUUGAAUCAAAAGACGACAAAAAUGAUUCCAGUAUGUAUGUAGAGCAGCACACUGGUCAAAGAAUGCAGCCCGAGAUUUCUUUAAAAAUGCAUUUAAGCUGUGCAGAUACUGAAGAAAGGUGCUCGUCUUGGCAACAGCGYGGACAUUGUAAAGAUGUCAAAUAUGCAGAUUUUAUGAAAAGAAACUGUAAACGYUCAUGUGGAUAUUGCGCUUUUCCAGGCGUACAACUUCAGUCCGAAAAAGCAAGCCAACUCAACGAAGCUUCUCUUAAAAAUGAUUGCCAAGACUUGUCCACGUAUGAAUUCAGUUGCCCUCGGUGGAAAGCACAAGGAUACUGUCAGAGAAAGGAAAAGUCGAUGAGAUUUGCCUGUCGCAGAACCUGYGGUUUUUGUAAGAGAAAAUAUACCAAAAAACAGAAAGACAGCCAGUCAAAAGUCCAAACACACCCUAAAACUCCAACAGUGUCAACUUCAAAGUACAGUGAGGGGAACUUCGCGCAUGCUCAAACAGGAGCUGGAAAARAUGUUGCCACUGCACAAACGGGGAAUGCAACCAAUCCGCAAAGCACAGCUUACGCUCAAGGUGGUAAUACAUUUGUUCAGACCCAGUCUUCUUCGACACAACAAAGUGCAUAUGCUGUAGCCUAYCCAGCACCAUCWCCACAGCAACAGACGUAUUCGCAUGCGCAGUCAAGCUCUAAACUUGGUCGCCAAAGCAACGCGUACGCGCAGUCAGGUGACCAAGGGAAGCCCGYWAACUCAAAGGGACAACCACAGAUUUCUGCAUCAGCCCAAAUUGGAUCAGCACAGAAAGCCUACAGAGGAAACGAUGACAGUUCGACUGAAACCCAAAAGAUUACUGAUAARGACGUUUCAWUUGAAGACCGCAAAGUUAUGGAGAACAGCCCUGAAUAUCUAUCACGURCUGAUUCCGAYRGYCAAUACCUAGUUACAACAUCGGAUUCYGAAGAAGCUCAGCAAUCGUACGAGGUUCCAGAGAUGAGAUUCCCCAAAGGAACCAAGGUCUCUUUCCUCAAGCGUCCCAAAACGGGGGGAGAAAAUGUUGAAAAACCACAUCAAGAAUCYCAAGAGCAAGAAGGUCCAGAGAGUCUACAAGAAUCUCUUGCAGAAGCUGCUAAUGAGGUCAUAGAUGAUGAUAUCGCACCAAAUCCACAAGAUAAUGUUAUGGCAAUGACUGACAGUCUGGAUUCMCAGGAAGCGAACUCGUUGAGCAACCUUGAAAAGAAAGGUUCAGUUAAYCCAGUCUCUACCAAAGGAUGCAAUAGUACGUGCCAAAAAGAAUGCUUAGAAACUAUUAAUUUGUACCGUAAAAACCAUGGAUCAAACCCACUGAAGCUAAGCCAAACCCUCGCUAAGCAUGCGCAAGACUGGGGAGACACUAAGACUUACGGACAUUCACCGUGGGCUCGGCAAGGUUUAGGAGGCGAGUUAAUUGCCGUAGGUGGAUUUUACAAGACAUUUACCGCAGCGGUUAAGGCAUGGCAUGAUGAAGAGAAGAACAUUGAUUGGACAACUGGAAAGACAAWGGGUGUAACUAAUCAUUUUAAACAGCUUGUUCUCAAAGGAGCAAAAUUUCUUGGUUGUGGAAAGACGUUGAUCAAUGGCGAACCUUACUAUAUCGCACAAAUGGAUGUUGCAGCUGCACACGAUAAYACACUCAAAACUACGGGCAAACCUAAAACCCCUGAUCUCGGUUGGUAUUCAGCAAGCUCACCAUAUUGGAAGGAUCUCCAGGGAAGAGAAGCCGUCCCAACCAGAGGUCAACACCGCCAGCCUCAAAACUUCAUAUUGUAAUGCAUACAUCACACGACACCAAAUUGUUGAUUUAAACAUUUUUACGAUAAAGAGUAGAGGAGCGUUAAAGGAUUUACGCUAAAAUAUUACAGUAAAGGAGCGUAGAGAUACUUCGCGUAAAGACAUCACUGAUAUGAUCGAUCGAUGAUUGUUUACGAUGAUGCUUUAAAGCUACAUAUACUUUAAAUACAAUCUUUUCGUUCUUCGUAAAGAUACCAUAAAGAUGUCAUUGAAGAUGUCAAUCAUAGGGAAGACUUAAAGCUACGUAAAGAUGUUCCUUACGUUUUAUAACGUAACGUUUUGUCAAGUUGACCAAGAAGGGAGGGAUUUAUAGAAUUAAAGAUCAGCAGGGCACAGAG